GGUUCUGGCUCUGCCCACUCUUGGCUGCAUUUGGGGCCGAAGUUCCCUGUGGGAGGCUGUUUUCCGAGGGAGCCCAGUGUUUACAGGCGUUCAGGUCUGCUCCGCUCAGCUGAAGCAGAAACAGAGACCUUUUGCAUUACUUUGGUUCAAGAGCAAGACAGGAGGCGACCACAUGAGACCAUGGUUGAGACACCUGGUCCUCCAGGUACUGAGGAACUCCAGGGGAUUCUGUGGGUCUCGCGGGCAGCCAACACCUCUACCUGUUCCUCAGAAGAUCGUGGCCACCUGGGAAGCCAUCAGCCUGGGAAGGCAGCCGGUGCCUGAGUACUUCAACUUUGCCCAUGAUGUGCUGGAUGUGUGGAGUCGGCUGGAAGAGGCUGGACACCGCCCCCCAAAUCCUGCCUUCUGGUGGGUCAAUGGCACAGGAGCAGAGAUCAAGUGGAGCUUUGAGGAGCUGGGGAAGCAGUCCAGGAAGGCAGCCAAUGUGCUGGGGGGUGCAUGUGGCCUGCAGCCUGGGGACAGAAUGAUGCUGGUACUCCCACGGCUCCCGGAGUGGUGGCUGGUCAGUGUGGCUUGCAUGCGGACAGGGGUUGUCAUGAUUCCCGGUGUCACUCAGCUGACGGAGAAGGACCUCAAGUACCGGCUGCAGGCGUCCAGGGCCAAGUCUAUUAUCACCAGUGACUCCCUAGCUCCAAGGGUGGAUGCCAUCAGCGCUGAAUGCCCCUCCCUCCAGACCAAGCUGCUGGUGUCAGACAGCGACAGUCGGCCAGGCUGGUUGAACUUCAGAGAACUCCUCCGGGAGGCACCUACAGAGCACAACUGCCUGAGGACAAAGAGUCGAGACCCGCUGGCCAUCUACUUCACCAGCGGAACCACCGGGGCCCCCAAGAUGGUCGAGCACUCCCAGAGCAGCUACGGACUGGGUUUUGUGGCCAGCGGAAGACGGUGGGUGGCCUUGACUGAAUCGGACAUCUUCUGGAACACGACUGACACUGGCUGGGUGAAGGCAGCCUGGACUCUCUUCUCUGCCUGGCCUAAUGGAGCUUGUAUUUUUGUGCAUGAGCUGCCCCGAGUUGAUGCCAAAGUUAUCCUGAAUACUCUCUCUACAUUCCCGAUAACCACCCUCUGCUGUGUCCCAACCAUCUUUCGGCUGCUUGUGCAGGAGGAUCUGACCAGGUACCAGUUUCAGAGCCUGAGGCACUGUCUGACCGGAGGAGAGGCCCUCAACCCUGACGUGAGGGAGAAGUGGAAACGCCAGACCGGUGUGGAGCUGUACGAAGGCUAUGGCCAGUCUGAAACGGUUGUCAUCUGUGCCAAUCCAAAAGGCAUGAAAAUCAAGUCUGGAUCCAUGGGGAAGGCAGUCCCACCCUACGAUGUGCAGAUUGUGGAUGAUGAGGGCAAUGUCCUGCCUCCUGGAGAAGAGGGGAAUGUUGCCAUCCGUAUCAGACCCACCCGGCCCUUCUGUUUCUUCAAUUGCUAUUUGGACAAUCCUGAGAAGACAGCUGCAUCAGAACAAGGGGACUUUUACAUCACAGGGGACCGAGCUCGCAUGGACAAGGAUGGCUACUUUUGGUUCAUGGGAAGAAAUGAUGAUGUGAUCAAUUCUUCAAGCUACCGGAUCGGGCCUGUUGAAGUGGAAAGCGCCCUGGCAGAGCAUCCUGCUGUCCUGGAGUCGGCCGUGGUCAGCAGCCCAGACCCCAUCAGGGGAGAGGUGGUAAAGGCAUUUAUAGUCCUUACCCCGGACUACUCCUCUCAUGACCCAGAGGCACUAACGCGGGAACUCCAGGAGCAUGUGAAAAGGGUGACUGCACCAUACAAAUACCCCAGGAAGGUGGCCUUUGUUUCAGCUGCCAAAGACGGUUUCUGGAAAGAUCCAAAGGAGUAAAUUGCGAAGUCAGGAGUGGCGGAAAUGAGGUGCAACCCCAGGAAGGCCCCGUAGACCUCCGAAGGCUCCAUGAGAAACUAAUGGAUCACUGGUCAGCCCCCAUGGGGAGCAUCAUCUCUUCAACCCUAAAGAUCUCAAAGGCGUGCAGCUUCCAAACGGUAUCCCCAGGAUCACUGCGCAAUGCUGGAAAGAGCAAAAGAAUAUCAUUGGCCCCGACCACAUAGAUGCUGCGCAGCCUAGCAAAUGCUUGGUGGUUUGACUUCUCCCUCUGUCUCGGGGGAGGGCUCAGCAUCUGCCCACUGGUCUCACUAAGAGCUUCAGAUUUCCCUCUGUAGGACAGGUUACCGGAGCCGUGGGGCACUUGUGAGUACUCAUUCUCUGCCAGUGGGAAUGUAAAGGCUCCAUCCUUUGUAUGCAACCAUUUGGUAAAAGUAUGCAGGACCAUAAAAUUGGCAUCAAUACGCCGGGCGCGGUGGCUCAAGCCUGUAAUCCCAGCACUUUGGGAGGCUGAGACGGGCGGAUCACGAGGUCAGG